CUACGUGGCGAGGAGUGGAAUCAUCCCGAUUGUGCAUCUAUCACCACGGUGGACCUGCGUAGUGGGAAGAGCAGUAGCCCCUAUACCACUAAUGAGCAAGAAAAGAUGGCCGCCUUAGUCAAAGAGAAUAAGGAGAGGAAAGAGCGUGAGAAGCAGGCGAAGCUAAAGGCUAUCGCAGACGAGCGGGCGGCAAAGAUGAAGGAAGUGGAGGAGGAGAUGAAGAAAAAGGAGAAGGCUGCUGAAGAAGAAGCGGCAGCAGAAGAAGAAAAGGAGAGGAUGAGGAUCGAGAGUGGAGAAGGGAGCAGUGGUGGCACGAUGAAGAGGGACGUGGAUGCAGACAUUGAGAAAAAGAUAAGUGAGUGGGUUGCCAAUUUAUCGUUGGGGGAAGACGAGGAGGCGGAGUCAUAUGUGACUGAGGAUGAGAAGGCCGCACUGGCCGCUGAGCUAGCAGCCAUGACGGACGCGAUGGAACGAAGAGAGAGGGGAGACGAGCAGAAGUUGCAGUGGAAGCUGAGGAUGAAGAGGGAGAAGAGGAGGAGGAGAGAAGAAGUGAAUAAGAUGACCGCAGCAGUGGCAAAGGUGCAGGAGUGUAGAGCGGAGGAUGUAGCCUUGAGCGCCAUGCGGUCCGGAUUUAGGGAGUUUGCGCGCAAGAUCGUCACCCACAUUGGGGGCGAAGUGAAACAGAUGAGGGACAAUGUAGGAAAGUACUGCGAAGGCGCCAUUGAGGGUGCCAAAGCCAUAGCUGCUGCAGAGGGCGAAGGUAGACCCCGCAAAGAGCCUAUAAAGCUCAAGUUCCCAGACACGUACGGGGGAGAGGAGGAGGAGAACUUUGACAACUGGGAGGCCAGUGUCAACAGUUACAUUUAUUUGCAACAUAUCCUAACUGAGGAGCAAGUCCUCGUGGCCUUCCAGGCCCUCAAGGACGAAGCAACUAGUUUCGCUAGGUCCCUUACGCGCGCGGCCGGUUGUGAGAACAACCUGGUUGCUUACUCUAAAGUCACCCCCCUUUCCCAAUUCCUCAAGCUUCUGAAGGAACGGUUUGUAGACCCAACGAGAGGCGUUCGUGCCUCUGAUAAACUGCAAACAAUCCACUCACGACAGUGGAGGAGUGCAAGAGCACUCAAGGGUACCAUGGACGACUUGGUAGCCGUCCCGGACCAUGGGGUCACUGAGCCCCAGUUGGUUCAGUUAUUCUAUCGCGCCAUACCGGAGGCCCUGCGUGGGCAUUUCUUUGACAAGUCUCAACAGGCCGGCAUCACAUAUGAUGCAUUGAGUAGGGAAGUCGUCCUGUAUGAGUCGAAGUCCAUGCCAGUUACCACCUUCUGGCACAAGGACUUGGAGAAGGGGAAAGGGUGGAAAGGGCGUACCAUCUCUGGCCAAGUCAAGGCCAAGGAUCAUAUGAUCCUUACCUUAGAGGAAGGUGGUACUGAUGAGGUCCCAUACAGUGAGAUAGAGUGGGGCCUCGAGGAUGAUGGCAGUAGUGUGGGGCAAGGGAGGUCCUAUGCUGCUAUCGCGGCUGGAGGGAAGCCGCAAGGUAGAGGAGGAGGCCAGGGCCAAAGGGGCCAGGCCAUGGGAGGCCGUGGGCCGGGCGCACAGGGGGUUGGCGGACAGGGAAACCGCCAAGCGGGAGGUAGGGGUAAAGGUCCCCCGUUAAAUCGCCAGGGUAAUCGGUCCCCACAGCGAGGAGGUGGAAGGGCACCUCAAGGAGGAUGGCACCCAGGCUUGCCACAGGGCAGGCCCUGGGAAGACUUGGGCUUGGACCAACAAUUAUGGCAGGAACGAGUGAACAUGGAUAACACCUUAGCACAUUGUUGUCUCAGUGCUCCCGCGUUCGCGCGAUUAGUAAGAAAGGAGCAAUUAGAGGAACAGGUCUUUAUAGUGUAUGUUAGACCUGUCACUGAGGCCCAGGAAAAGGAUAGUUCCACAGAUCCAACAAUUGCCAAGCUGCUGGAAAAGUUCAAAGAUUUGACUGAGUCGCCGACAGGAGUAGUGCCGCGACCUAUCCAACACAGGAUAGAGAUAGAGCCUGGCAGUAGAACUCCUAAGGGUGCAAUCUACAGGAUGUCCCCUAGAGAGUUAGAGGAGCUUCGCAAGCAGUUAGACGAACUCCUUGAGAAGGGUUGGAUCAGGCCCAGUUCGUCUCCUUUUGGAGCACCAGUCUUGUUUGUCCCCAAGAAGGAAGGAGAGCUUCGCAUGUGCAUAGACUAUAGGGGUUUGAAUGCGAUCACAGUGAAGAAUGUUGAGCCGCUGCCCAGGAUAGACRAUCUCUUAGAUCGGGUGCAGGGUUGUAAGUAUUUCUCUAAGAUAGACUUAAAGUCCGGAUACCAUCAAAUAGAAGUCCACCCUGAUGAUCAGUAUAAGACUGCGUUCCGGACUAGAUAUGGGCACUAUGUGUUCAUAGUGAUGCCCUUUGGACUAACCAACGCGCCAACUACUUCUCAACGUUGUAUGAAUGACCUGUUUAGACCAUGGUUAGAUAAGUUUAAAGUAGUCUAUUUAAAUGAUAUUCUCGUUUUUAGUAAGACCCUCCAGGAGCACCAGAGUCAUCUGAGGCAGAUCUUGGAGAAGCUUAGAGAGGCUAGCUUCAAGAUCAACGCAAAGAAGUGCGAGUGGGCCAAAACACAAGUCCUGUACUUGGGCCACGUAUUAGACGGAGAUGGCAUUAAGCCAGAGGACAGCAAGAUAGCGGCGAUUAGAGAUAGCAGCAUUAUACCAGAUCAGAUUAACUGGGAUGAGAUGUUGCCUAACCUAGCUAGUCCAUACAACAACAGCGUGCAUUUAUCCACCUGCCGCACUCCCAAUGAGUUGCACAAGUCCUUUAGACCACGCAGACCGUUCGAAGGACUGAACCGGGAUCAGAUUCACAGAUUACCGCCCGGUACCAGGGAGUUUGCGAUACAGAACGAGAAAGAACUAGCCACUGUUGUUGAAAACCUCAGGAAGGCCCAGCAUAGGAUGAUAGAGCAAGCUAAUAAGCACCGCCGCCCGUCGCAGUUUCAGGUAGGCGACUUAGUCUGGGUCAAGGCUAAAGAGUUUGCACCUGCGGAAAACAUCUCGUAGAAGUUACUGCCCGCAUAUAGAGGACCGUGGCCAGUUCUAGAAGUCAAGGGCGGAGAGGAUGGACCGUCCUAUAGCAUUG